ACAAGGUCAGCUCAGCCGCAGACCGAGCCCCUGGUGACUCUCUCCGCCACCAGGCAGUGAGAGUGAAGGGAGAGCGCGAGCUCUGAAGCCCGCUAGAUUAAGCUUGCAAUCUGAGCUCCAUUCACCCCCUCCUAUUUCUUGAGACCUUCUCAGUUCCCCUCUGAGCCUCGGACUCCUCACUUGUAAAACGAGGACAGAUGCCCGUGCCAGAAGUCAACCAGAGCUUUCCCCGGCGUGGGCACCAGCCCAAGGGCGUUUUGCUUUUCUAGUCUCAUCUCUGCUCUGACCCUAAGCUCAAAGAGGGACUAGGGGACGGAAGAUAUCCACCAUGGCAUGCGCCCUAGCUCUCGGGCUGGUAUUGGCUGCUUCCUUCUCAGAUUCCAGAGUGCCUAGAGGCCAGGAAAGGGAGAAGGUCCUGCCAGCCUGGGGUAGGGACUCGAGGGCCAGGCACUGGCGCUGACGCAGGCUAGCAGGGCGCCACUGGCUGGUCCCCACCCACCUCAGUGGGUUGGGGGAUGGGCGGACCAGCCCCUCCUGGGUGAGCCCUAGCCUGGGGCUUCCUAUUUCGGGAGCCGGGGGCGUGGGCCACGUCUCCUCAUGUGAUGCGAGGGCUAUUAAAAGCGGCAGCCCGGGCAGGGAGCCGCCGUUGGAGCCGUUGCACGCCUGCUCUCUCGUGGCUUCUCUCAGCCUAGCCCAGCAUCACUAUGGUGGACGCUUUCCUGGGCACCUGGAAGCUAGUGGACAGCAAGAAUUUCGAUGACUACAUGAAGUCACUCGGUGUGGGUUUUGCUACCAGGCAGGUGGCCAGCAUGACCAAGCCUACCACAAUCAUCGAAAAGAAUGGGGACAUUCUCACCCUAAAAACACACAGCACCUUCAAGAACACAGAGAUCAGCUUUAAGUUGGGGGUGGAGUUCGAUGAGACAACAGCAGAUGACAGGAAGGUCAAGUCCAUUGUGACACUGGAUGGAGGGAAACUUGUUCACCUGCAGAAAUGGGACGGGCAAGAGACGACACUUGUGCGGGAGCUAAUUGAUGGAAAACUCAUCCUGACACUCACCCACGGCACUGCAGUUUGCACUCGCACUUAUGAGAAAGAGGCAUGACCUGACUGCACUGUUGCUGACUACUACUCUGCCAAUCGGCUACCCCUCGACUCAGCACCACAUUGCCUCAUUUUUUCCUCUGCAUUUUGUACAAAUCCACGAAUUCUUCUGGGGUCAGGUGCCACUGACUGGGAUCCAGUUCCAGUUCCCAUGGUGUAUGUGUUUUUUUGUUUGUUUGUUUUUUUAACUGCACUCAUAGGGUGCUCUGAGGUCAAUAAAGCAGAGCCAAGGCCA